AUGACCCCGGAACCUGAGACCAUCCUUCCCACUUCGUGCCUGCUGACGUCACUCAGCUGGGGAAUAGGGAAGCAGGAAGAAGUGGUCGGCAUACCUUCUGCCCAGUCUGCCGCUGUCAUUGUACCUGGAGGAGAGCCCGGCCCACCCCUCUCUCCAACCAGCAUACACGUUUGUCUGGAAGUGGAGAUCACCCCCACCCAGGGAGAGAUCAGUGUCGGAGAGUCCAAGUUCUUUCUGUGUGAAAUUGUUGGGGUAGCAAAGGAGAUUGACUGGUAUUCGCCGAGCGGGGAGAAGAUAGAGCCCAACAAACCAGAGAUCACCGUAACCCGAAACGACGAGUCCUCGUCCACCCUCACACUCUACAAGGCCGGGGUGGAGAGCGCUGGAACCUACAAGUGUCUGGCCACCAACGGAGACCAGUCAGCAGAAGCCACCGUCAACGUCAAGUUCUACCAAAGGAUCAUCUUCAAGAACGCCCCCUCCCCCCAAGAGUUCAAUGAAGGGGACAACGCCAACAUCAUCUGUGACGUCAUCAGCUCCCCGCCCCCCACCAUCAUCUGGAAACACAAAGGAGCUAAGAUUCAGAUGGAGAAGGAUGUCCGCUUUAAGAUCCUGCCCAACAACCACCUGCAGAUCCGAGGCAUCAAGAAGACAGACGAGGGGUCGUACACCUGUGAGGGCCGCCUCAUGGCCCGGGGAGAGAUUGACCUCAAGAUCAUUAGGGUCAUCGUCAACGUGCUCCCUACCAUCCGGGUGUGGCAGUCGGAGGUGAAUGCCACAGCAGGCGUGGGCCAGUCUGCCAUGUUGACCUGUGCAGCUGAUGGAUACCCAGAGCCCAUGGUGACCUGGGCACGGGCCAGUGUUCUUCUGGAGUCAGGAGACAAGUACAGCUUUAAUGAGGACGGUUCAGAGAUGACCAUCGUGGAGGUGGCCAAGCUGGAUGAGGGAGAGUACACCUGCAUUGCUAAGAACAAGGCUGGGGAGAGCGAACAGGAAGUCAGCCUUAGAGUGUUUGUGAAACCUAAGAUCACCUUCCUGCUGAACCAGAGCACGUCUGAGAUGGAGGAGCAGGUGACUCUGACCUGUGAGGCGUCAGGGGACCCCACCCCCACCAUCAACUGGAGCUUUGGCCUGCGCCCCUUCACUGAGGGAGAGCAGGCCUCUUGGACUCGGCCCGAGCAACACAAGAGUCUGGAUGGGAACGUCGUAGUGAGGAGUGAUGCUCGUGUGUCCUCCCUCACGCUGAAGUACGCCAAUUUCACCGACGCUGGCCAGUACCUCUGCUCUGCACGCAACGCCAUCGGAGUGGAUUCUCAACCCGCCUACCUGGAAGUCCGCUAUGCUCCUAAGAUCCAGGGCUCAGUGACAGUGUAUACCUGGGAGGGGAAUGCAGCUAACAUCAGCUGUGAGGUCCUGGCCCACCCCAGUGAUGUGUCCAUGCUGUGGCUGAGGGACGGGUUUCAGCUUCCCAACGCUAACGUCACCAAAGCCAAGGUUUUCCAGAGCCCCACAGCCAGCUACCUGGAGGUCACUCCAGAGUCUGAGAAUGACUUUGGGAGCUACAACUGUACUGCUGCCAAUGAGAUGGGCACAGAAUCCAAGGAGUUCCUCCUCAUUCAGGCUGAUGUCCCGUCAGCCCCAUCCCUCGGGGAGGUGGAGCCGUUCUCCAGCUCAGCCAGGGUGGAGUUCCAGGAGCCUGACGCCACUGGGGGUGUACCCGUCCUCCGGUACCGGGCCGAGUGGAAGACUGUGGGCAGGGGCAGCUGGGUGCAGAGGGUCUAUGACGUCCAAGGAGCUCUGAGUGAAGUAACCAUCACAGGCCUGAAGCCUGAGACCAACUAUGAGGUGAAGAUGUCAGCCAUCAACGGCAAGGGAGAGGGUGAAACUAGCCCCGCUGUGGUCUUCAAGACAGAGCCUGUCCAAGGUGAACCUGAACCGCCUAAGCUGGAGGGAACACUCCAAACAAAAGGCAACUCCCUCAAAGUCAACUGGCUCAAGCAGGACGAUGGAGGCUCACCCAUCACACACUACCUAGUCCGCUAUAAACCAAAGCACCAGGCCGACUGGAAGCCAGAGAUCCAGCUGCCCAGUGGUAGUGAGUAUGUGGUUCUGAGCGGACUGGAGUGGAACACGGAGUACAAUGUGUUUGUGGUGGCAGAGAACCUGCAGGGGAAGUCCCAACCUGGAACCCUGACCAUCAGAACCUCUCCAGAACCCGCUGCCAUCCCAGAUAUAGACGGUGAGUCUGCCCUCUCCACGGGCAUCAUGGCAGGGAUCCUCAUCUUGGCCUUCGUCCUGCUGCUCCUGGCUGUGGACGUCACCUGCUACUUCACCAACAAGUGUGGCCUCAUCAUGUGUCUGUGUGGCAAGCCAGGCAGCGGGGCCAAGGGACACAACCUAGAACAGGGCAAGGCUGCAUUCAUAAAGGAUGAGUCCAAAGAACCGAUAGUGGAGGUGAGGACAGAGGAUGAGUGCACAGCCAAUCACAAUGCAGGAGGACCCACGGAACCCAGUGAGACCACACCCCUUACAGAGCCAGAGCUGGCCGCUCACACUGCUGCCCUGGCUCUGGACACCCUCUCGUCUGUAGCCACCAUCUCUGACACAGCCAACACAACCUAUGACCCCACCCAGGACAGCCCCUCUAGUGAGAGCACCGCUCUCACCUGUAGCCUGUCUGCCCUCGCUACUGACCCCCUGCCUACCCCCGCCCCGGCACCCACCCCAGAGUCCAACACAGCCCCCACAACCCCCUUCAUCUCCACCUCUGACAUCACAGCUAGAGUAGCCCCCCUGUUAGACCUUCUAGGAGACAGCUCUCCUAGAGCAGAGGACAAAAUGUAUGCCACUGCUGUUAUUGCCACAGAUAGCCCUAAAUCUCCUAAAAAGUCCCCUAUUCCAAUACCACCUAGGCGUCGAAACUCUAACAGACCUGCUCCUUCUCCUCCCACUCCCAAGAACCCCACACCUACCCACUCCACCCCCUCUCCUACAGUGUCCCCCAGGAAAUCUGCCCCGGAAAGUCCCUCUCUUGCCCCCUCCACUGCCUCUCCUAGUCCAAACACCAGGAAAGCUGCUCCUAUUGCCCCAGACAGCCCCUCUCAUGCUCCUACGGCGUUCACUUUCCCAGCCUCUGACACCUCCACCUCUAAACUUGCACCUACUGCCACCAGCACUGUUACCCCUGUCCCUGUUACCCCUGUCCCUGGUACCCCUACUGUCCUGGGUUCUAGUAUAGCAGUCCCUGACCCUGACAAACCUGACUCUACUACCAAAGACACUCCCACUCCUGCCCCUAAUAUAGACCCCACUACCACAUCUGUCCCUAGUGCUCCUACUACUGCCUUCAAUGCUGACAUAACUGCUGCUAUCGUUCACGAGGACACAACCAAAUGUGCCCCUGUUUUCCCACACAUUCUCACUAGUAUUCCAGCUCCCACAAGUGCCACCACCACACCUGCCCCUAAUGCUUUCACUGCCCCGAGCUUUGCCACACCUGCUGCCCCCACGGUCACUAUCACACCGGCGUCUAGUAUCUACGACACCCCAACACCCACCCUGACCCCCCACAUGCCCACCACCACAGCACCCCAAGCCCCAGAGAUAGAGUUAGAGUUGACCAAUGGGGUGGAGACUGAGAGCCCCUCCCUGCCCCCAGCAGAGCCCACUAUGUUUCAAGGUAGUCCCACUCCCUCCCCUGCCCCUGGCCUUUCCUCGUCCUCCUCCCCCCUGGCUAACGGAAACGGGUUUGGGGCAGACCUCCAGGCCUCAAGCCCCCCAGCUCUGGAGGAGUUAGACAGUCUGGCCAAGGCUGCUCCACUCAACGACGAGUAUGGCUCCCUCUAG